AAGCAGGGUCACCGCGUCCUGGCGGUGGAGCCGGUCACCUCAAGUUUGCGACGCAUCCACCACGCGGCGCUGCUAUCUGGCGUGCGCAAAAACAUCACGCUAAUUCACAACGCCAUCUACAACUCGAGAACUUACGCGUGGCUGCGCCAGCCCCAUGGCAAUAUAGGGGGCACUAGCAUCGUGAUAGCGGACACUUCGUACGACACGAACGCGCGUGAGGCUGUGAAGACAAUUCUGACGGACGACCUGUACCCAUUCAUUCAGCGGAGGAUUGUGCUCAUCAAGAUGGACGUUGAGGGGUGUGAGUGUCGCGCCAUCUCGUCGGCCACGCAGCUGUUCAGCGGCGUGCACAUCCCCUACAUUUUCAUGGACUGGUCGCUCAUGUUCCUGCACCAACGGCGGCCGAACACGGCCUGCACGCCAGAGAGCAUCGAGCGCAUGACCAUCUUCCUGGCGCACCGCGGCUACGUGCCGUACGAGGCGCGCACCAACCAGCAGCUCGACUGGCGCCAGAGCACGAGCUGGCGCAUCGGCUACGUGUACUGGCGCCACGUGUCGGCCGACGACCUGCGCCAGCCGCCGUCCACCACGCCCGCGCCGCCGCUACAGGAUGACGAUGAGGACUACAGCUACCGCUUGUCGUAGGGGCGGCGGCGCUGGAGCAGCUGUGGGCGCAGCUGUGGGCUGCCGGAGAGCGCCGGGACGCGCUUAGGCAGCGGCGGCCGGUCUGGGCGCUGGGGUGCGGUGGACGCUCUCGGCGCUGCGGUGGACGCGUCCGGUGCCGCGGUGGACACGUGCUGGGGCGACGUGGGGAAGUGCUCAGGCGCCGUAGCCAGCUCUGGGGUGUAGCGGACGCGUUCCGGCUCGUCUGGACCAGUCAGGGCACGAAUGGGGGCCCGUGUCCUGCGGCAUGACCUUGGAAAUCGGAACGACUCACUCAGCCCCUUCGUGCCCUGUCGGUGUGACGCCCGCGGAGUGAAAUCUACGGCAGCGAGCUCGAGAACGUCGAUACCGAGAACGGGCUCGUGUUUCUGACAGCGUCUGAGCAAUAAAGGCAUGACGACCAUCGCAGGCCUGACGCUGCAGCCGAUGCGGCCGCGUGGCCCGACAACACAUGACGUUCAGCGCAGGCGGUUGGCGUGCGUCAGCGUAACAAGUGCACUUUCGCAAUGGUUUAACCCGGCGUCGUUCAGCAAACCUGGUCUGCGGGUCUGGCCCCUGGCCAAUCGCAGCGGGUUCUGCACCACGAGCGCGAGCACAAGCGCGAGCGCGGCUCUUGCUGUCGGGUGCUCGGUGUCAGUUUAGGAGCUUUCCGGUGCGAUACUUCGAACGCGCGCAGCGAAUGUCUACCAGCGUUUCGAUAGGACUGCCACGUAUGUAGGAUGCUGUCACGCUGUGGGGAUGUUGCGCACUGUCUUGCACGUGGGUGGCGUGCGUUGUGAAGUUUUGCCAUGGAGCCCAUGAUCAUGUCGAUGGGUUCGUUUGCACCACCCGUUUGUUGCGAGAACGCGACGAUUAUGCGCUUGAUGCUUGUAAAGAGCGCGAACGAAUCUGUGCAUGUAGAGUGAGUUGUUGUGAGGGCUAGGAAAUGAUAGCGGGAAGAAAAAGUAAACUACAAAGCGACGGAAUGUUAACGCCCGGGUGAUCUGAUCGACUCGAUGUUAUCUCCUAAUAUAACGCACGGUUUUCGAG